AUGUUACUAAAAGGAACGUCACCGUUUGUAAAUAUUAUACGUUCAAAUUGUUAUCGUAGUUCAUUGACACGUUUUUCAAGAAGUGUUUAUAGCAGAUUAUAUCAGAAUUAUCUCGUGUUACCAGACGGAUCAACGAUUCGAAUACGGUAUAAUGAACCAAGACGGUUAAUUAAAUUGCCUGUUGAUAUAGCUAGUUUAUCUGAAAAAGAUCAAAAAAGUCGUUUAUUACGUCGUUCAGCAUCACAAAAAGAGAAAAUUGAAACAUCAAUUGAUACCUCCUAUGAUCCAUUAGCAUAUAUAAAUCAAUAUGCAACAACUUCAACAUCGAAAAAGACAACAUAG